AUGGACAAACAAGAGCUGAAAAGACAACGUUUGGCCAAGUGGAAAGCGCAGCAGGCUGCCAAAAAAAAUGGGCCGACUCCAUUGAAAUUAGCGGUGCCUAAACGGACCCAGAACCGGAUAUCUCUAGAGGGCGAUGAACCGGUAGUCAAGAAGAUAAAGCACGACUCAUCACAGUUUGAUCUUGAUGAAUUUUUGAACAACCUGGAGCAAGACAAUGGAAUUGAUAAUACAGAACUUUAUGAAAGCGGCUCAGAGCUCGACGAAGCCGCACCGGAUGCGGCAGUCGAUCCUUUGCAGUACCUCCAACAAGUUGAAAAAGGCAAACGAAAAGAGAUUACCAAGGUUGAUCAUUCGCAGAUACCAUACCACGAGUUUCGGAAGAGCUUUUACAGACCCCCGGAGGAGCUGGUUCUGGGAAGCGACCUUGAAAUUGUCCGAGAGGCAUUAGGAGUUACAGUGAAAAACGAUGAGAUGAAACUAGCUCCAGUAUCAGAAUGGGAACAGUUAGGCUUGCCUACGCCUUUGCUGGAGGUAAUUCAGUCGCGAUCAAUGUCUAAGCCUACGCCAAUUCAGUCGCAAUCCCUGCCAUUGAUCAUGUCUGGUAAAGAUGUUAUCGGCAUUGCACCAACUGGGAGUGGGAAAACAAUUGCGUUUGUAUUACCACUGAUCCGCCAAGUGCUAGAUCAGUUGCCUGAGAUCUCCGGUACCAAGGCCAUAGUGCUUAGCCCCACUAGAGAAUUGUGUUUGCAAACGUACAGAGAAGUUGAGCAGUUCGCGAGCUCUUUUGGUAUCGUUACUUUGGGUGCUGCCGGCGGCACCUCAGUAAAACCCCAAAUUGAUGCUAUUAAACGAAAUGUCGAUAUUAUUGUCGCUACGCCAGGUCGCAUGAUUGAUCUGUUGGCGGCUAAUGGCGGUCGUAUCCUGAGCCUUCGCAGUACGACACUGAUUGUCAUUGAUGAAGCAGACAGGAUGUUUGACAUGGGUUUCGCGCCCCAGGUCAAGAGAAUUAUACAAAAUGUCCGGCCAGACCGUCAAACAGUAGUCAUUUCCGCAACGUUCCCACCCCUGAUGGAAAAGCACAUCCGCCAGAUCUUGGUCUCUCCAGUACUCAUAGAGGUGGGUACUCGCUCUUCUGUGUCGCAGGAUGUAGAUCAGGUAAUUGAGGUGAUUCCUCAAGAGGCCAAAUUCUUGUCAUUGCUAAAACUUUUGGGAGGUUACUAUAAAGAAAAAUCCGAGGGCCAAGCGAUUGUGUUUGUUGAUCGUCAAGAACCUGCGGAUCAACUAGCCGAGCAAUUGAACGCAAAAGGCUAUAAAUGUAGGUCCAUCCACGGCGGACACGAACAGUCAAGUCGUGACGAGACGUUGUCAAUGUUCCGCAAAAAUGAUUUACCUCUGCUCGUAGCCACUUCAGUUGCAGCCCGUGGACUGGACGUAAAAGGGCUUGGCUUGGUUGUAAACUACGAUCCACCGAAUCACCUCGAAGACUAUGUGCACCGUGUAGGAAGGACUGGUCGCGCUGGACAGAAGGGAAAGGCAGUAACGUUCCUUACUUCAUCUCAAUCUCGUUCGGCUCGAGACAUCGUUAGGGCCCUCAAAACCAGUCGAGUACCAGUUCCAGAAGAAGUCACCAAGCUAGCUGCAAUAGAUGCACCUGCCGCCAAAAAGCACCACUUGGUUGGAUUCGGAGGAAACGGAUUAGAGAAACUGGAUACAGAACGAUCAGAAAAGCGCAAGGCUCAGCUUGACGGCGAUAAAGCCAUGACCCCGCAGCCUGAUUCUCCAAGCGAUGAGUCCAGCGAAGAACCUGAAUCUUCUCUCAAAUCAGCCGAACCAAUUGUAAAAUUGGGCCCUGCACCAGGAAUAAAGGGUCCUGCCACGGCCAAUUUCCAUACCACCCUGGACAUCAACGACUACCCACAGGCUGCGCGAAUGGCUGUGACCUCGUUCCAAAACCAGUGUAAAGUUAUUGAAACCUAUGCUGUUUCGAUCACAAACCGAGGAACAUUCUACCCCCCUGGCAAAGAUGGUCCCGAUAAGCUCUACCUAGCUAUUGAAGGCCCGACCGAAGCAGCGGUUUCCAGUGCCUAUUACGAUCUCGCGAGCUUACUGCGCGAGGGCAUUGAUAAAUCAGCCAAAGUCGGAAAGUAUUCUGUAUAA